CUCAUUCCUUCUCCAAAAUAAAACUCAGAGAGGCUGUGAAAUGAAGCAGAACAACAAUACUUCAUGUCUCCAAUUUACUCGUCCGAUAAUUAUAGCCGUCCUAACACUAAUGUUCAUCGUCAUCGUGCUUUGCACCUGUCAAGUCGAGGCCAAGAGUAGUCACAUGAGCAAGCAUCACGGCCACAAACAUCAAUAUGCUCCUGCACCAGCUCCACAUUAUGGUGAUCUUCCAGCUGAGUCAAGCAUGUUCAAUGUGCUCUCUUUUGGAGCCAAAGGAGAUGGAGUCUCCGACGAUUCGAAGGCAUGUGUUGGCAUCUUUAGUCUGCUUGCAUUUUCAGCAGCAUGGAAAGCGGCUUGCCAGGUACCAUCGGCCACUUUGGUAAUCCCGCAAGGACUCAAGUUCCUGGUCAAGCCCAUCUCUUUCAAAGGCCCUUGCAUGCCUAACCUUGUUCUUCAGAUAGAUGGAAUUGUGCAAGCUCCUCCAAAAGUAGGCUCUUGGAAAAAAUCCAGUUUAUUCCAGUGGCUGAAUUUCAAAUGGGUCCAGAACUUUACAGUCCAAGGCACUGGGACUGUUGAUGGUCAAGGGUCCAAGUGGUGGAGUCUCUCCCAGAUGCUGCCCUACAAUGUGCAGAGCACGUCAAAACACGUUCUGGGCAUGAAACCAACUGCUUUAAGGUUUUAUUCUAGCUGUAACGUGAGCGUCCGUGGCAUCAGCAUCGUCAAUAGUCCUCUCUGCCAUCUGAAGUUCGACAAUUCCAGAGGGAUCAAGAUUAGCAACAUUGCCAUUUCCUCGCCCAAGGACAGCCCAAACACUGACGGCAUUCACCUGCAGAACAGCCAGCAUGUAGAAAUCGAACACUCGAAUAUCGGUUGCGGAGAUGACUGCAUUUCUGUACAGACGGGCUGCUCUGAUGUUUACAUCCAUCAUAUUAAUUGCGGCCCUGGACACGGUAUAAGCUUAGGAGGAUUAGGGAAGGACAAAAGUGUGGCGUGCGUCUCCAACAUCAUCGUAGAUAACCUCUCUCUAGAGAAUACACUAUACGGUGUCAGAAUCAAGACAUGGCAGGGAGGAGUCGGGUCAGUCAAGAACGUAUCGUUCUCAAACGUUCAAGUCUCCAACGUGAAGGUCCCGAUGAUGAUCGAUCAAUACUACUGUGACAAAAAGUUUUGCAAGAACCAGACGGGAGGCAUCGCGAUUUCCAGGGUCAAAUUCAAUCAGUUUGUCGGCACCUACGCAGCACAGCCCCUUCACAUCGCAUGCAGCCAGGACGUCCCAUGCACCAACGUCGAUUUGGUGGACAUUCAGUUGAAGCCGUUGCCGGGGCUCGGUGGUUCCCGGGAGGCUUUGUGUUAUAACUCUUAUGGAAAAGCGGUGGCUCCUCUUGUUCCUGCCAGCAUUGACGAUUGCUUGAGAAGCGAUGGUGGGUCGAGAAUUGCUAGGUCACACGAUGUGGUUUGCCAGUAAGGGGAAAAGUGCCAAAAAAGUCCUAAACCUUUUGGCUUGGUGCCGAUUUAGUCCUAAACCUUUUA